AUGGAUAAGUUUCUCAUCAAGUUACCAAAGCCAAAAGAUGGCCAACCAAGUUCUAGCUCUAAUCAACCAUUUGUGAGUUCACAAGUUGCUCCGGAAGUUCAAAGACAUAUAAAUUCUUUUCCAUUUUCAAAUACGGAUAAUAUGCUUGAUUUUAAAUCUCUUGAAGCAGAUCCCAAAGAUCAAAUGCCUAUUUCAUCUUAUGGUCCUAAUAUUCGAGAUACGAAUGAACUUGAAAGUCGUGGAAAUGUCAGAGAUUCAUUUACAAGAGCUGGUUUUAGGUGUUGGAACAAAGCUUUAGAAAGAUUCAAAAAACAUGUUGGUAAGGUGUUGCUAUUGACGAAUGAGUUGAAUAAAGUUUUACAAAAGAAAGAUCAAGAUAUCGCUAAUGCUAUGGGAUUGCUUGACCUUUCAAAGAAACGAUUGCAAAUGAUGAGAGAGGAUGAAUGGGACUCUAUGAUGGAUGAGGUUAGCUUAUUUUGUGGUAAACAUGGUAUUUCAAUUCCCAAAAUGAAUGAAGGCUACUCUAAUAGGAAGUCAAAGCGUAAGAUGUUCAAUAUUUCAUAUUUGCAUCACUUUCGUGUGGAAGUAUUUUAUGCCGUCAUUGAUUUGGCACUUCAAGAACUCAAUAAUCGUUUUGAUGUGGUGACUAGUGACUUGCUCCUCGGUAUGGCUAGUUUGAGUUCGGUUGAUUCAUUUGCUAAUUUUCACAAGGAUAGGAUAAUGAAACUAUCCGAGUACUAUUCAAGUGAGUUUGGUGAUAAAGAGCUUCGGGAACUCAAUUUUCAACUCGAUGAUUUUAUUGUCUAUGCUCAAAAGUGUGAUAGCAAGUUUCUCAACUUGAAAGGAAUCAAGGAUCUUGCAAGAGUGAUGAUAGAGACAAAACUAGAUCAAACUUGGUUACUUGUGAAGCUAACUUUGAUUAUUCUUGUUGCUACCGCAAGCGUGGAAAGAGCAUUCUCAUCAAUGAAGUACAUAAAGAAUGAUUUGCGUAAUAGGAUGGAUGAAUAUCUUUUGAAUGGUUGUUUAGUUUUCUAUAUAGAGCGUAGUAUAUUUAAAAAUGUAAGUAAUUAUGCCAUUAUUGAUCGUUUUCAAAAUAUGAAAACUCGUCGAGGACAGUUGUGA